UGCAUGCUGAAGACUACUUGGAUUGGGAAGCAAGUCUAGAGACCUAUUUCGAAUGGAAACCCAUGGUUGAAGAAAGGAAGGUCUUGUUCGUAAAGCUUAAGUUGAAAGGAGCUGCACUACAAUGGUGGAAAAGAAUUAAGGAGCAGCGGAGUCGUCAAGGUAAACAGAAAAUUAGUACUUGGGAGCAUAUGAAAACAAAACUGCACAAACAGUUUUUGCCUGCUGAUUAUGCAAUGGAGUUAUAUGAAAAGUUUCACUCUCUUAAGCAACGAAGUAUGUCAGUAGAUGAGUAUACAUCUGAGUUUAAUAAUCUCUCUAUUCGGGUUGGUUUAAGUGAGAGUAACGAGCAGUUAACUUCUCGUUACCUCUCAGGUUUGAACCAGGCCAUUAGGGAUGAGAUAGGGGUUGCUCGUUUAUUUAGUCUUGAAGAUGCUCGACAAUAUGCCUUAAUGGCUGAGAAGAGAGUUCUACGCUAUGGGGGGAGAAAACCUAUGGUUGGUCGCUCAGGGAUUACCCUACAAAGAGCUACAAAUGUCGUUCCUGCUGCUCAGAGUGAUCCAACCAGCCUACGAACUAAUCGAGGCGCUAUCAAUGCUAACCAAACACCACGAAAGGACACUAGUAGAGCGCUUAAAGAUGAAAAAGGAAAAGGAAUAGUCAGAUUUGGUACUCCAAACAGUCCUAAUAGAAGUCACAAGGGGGCUGAGAAUCAAAUGCGGGGUCGAUGCUAUGCUUGUGGUGAUUAUGGCCACGGAUCAUAUAAUUGUCCUAAACGGAGGGUUAACUUUACUGAGUUUGAUGAUGACGACGAAGAGGAUUUGGGGCCAAUAUAUGAUCACUAUGAAGACGCCGAGGAGCAUGUAGAUGUUUAUCCUAUUGAAGGGGAAUCUCUGGUUACGCAGCGUGUCAUGAUCACUCCCAGGGCUGAGGAAGAUGAUUGGCGGCGUCAUAACAUCUUUCACACACGAGUUCUUUGUGGUGGAAAGGUUUGUAACGUGAUCCUUGAUGGUGGAAGCAGCGAAAACAUCAUUUCUAAAGAAGCUGUGGAAAAAUUGAAGCUACCAACAGAGAAACACCCUCAUCCGUAUAAAGUUACAUGGUUUCACAAAGGAAAUGAGGUACCGAUUAAUACUCGUUGCCUUGUAAAUUUUACAAUGGGGCAUAAUAUUAGUGAUGAAGUAUGGUGUGAUGUCGUGCCUAUGGAUGCUUGCCAUAUCUUAUUAGGAAGACCUUGGUUGUAUGAUAAGGAUAUGACUCAUUACACUAGGCCUAAUACAUACUCAUACAAAGAAGGAACCAAAACUUUCACUUUACAUCCUCUGAGGGAAGAAAUCGAUGCUUCCCCUAAGAAGUGUAAAGUAGUUGGCCUUGUGGCUGGCCCAGAAUUCGAAGAGGAAUGUGUUAAGUCGGGUGUUGUUUAUGCUUUGAUUGGUAGAAAUGAGAAAAGAGACAUAGUUGUGAUGUUCGAAGACUAUCCUAUUGAAAUUCAGCAGCUAUUGGAGAAGUACAAAGAGCUGGUCGGGGAUGAUUUUCCACCUGGUUUACCUCCGCUGAGGAGUAUUCAGCAUGCGAUUGACUUAAUACCUGGUGCUAGUCUGCCAAAUCUACCUGCUUACCGAAUGCCACCUGCACAACGAGCUGAAAUGAAAAGACAGGUUGAAAGCCUCAUAGCCAAAGGAAUAAUCCGAGAGAGCAAGAGUCCUUGCGCUGUUCCGGCUCUCCUUACACCCAAAAAGGAUGGUUCGUGGAGAAUGUGUAUUGAUAGCCGUGCAAUUAAUAGGAUUACGAUAAAAUAUAGGUUCCCAAUACCUCGACUUGAUGAAAUGUUAGAUAUGUUAGUUGGUUCAACGGUGUUUUCAAAGAUAGAUUUGAGGAGUGGGUACCAUCAAAUUCGAAUGCGAGGUGGGGACGAGUGGAAGACUGCUUUCAAGACUCCUGAUGGACUAUACGAAUGGCUUGUAAUGCCAUUUGGGCUCUCUAAUGCACCUAGCACUUUUAUGCGAGUUAUGACCGAGGUACUUAAACCUUUUUUGGGGUUAUUCGUGGUUGUUUAUUUUGAUGAUAUCUUAAUAUAUAGUCAGACCAAAAGGGAGCAUUUGGAGCAUUUACAACAGAGGCCGCCUAUAUAUGGGAGAUCUUUGACAGGGGUCUCGCAGUAA